CCGAUUUGUUCGAUCAUUUGUCCGGUCCGGACCGUUUGGAUGUCUGUCGUCACGGUGGUAGCAGCUCGCUUCUGACAACUGGUAGCCCGGCAAGCGGAGCCUUCGUCGAAAACGUCUCGAUAUAAUGGUUUUCAUUCAUGCCAAAUUAAUUGUCGUGUUCAAUUCAAAAUUGUUGUGAUAUUAUGGUCGAUGAUUCAGAUUACCAACAGUUAAAUACCAAUGCAGAUACCAUGUUAGACAAUGAUUGUGAACCUGGUAAUUUAUUUUUAAAUUUUAUAUACACCAACAGCAAUGUUUCCGUAAAUGAACAGGAAAGAAAUAACUUUGAUGGCUAUGAAAACAAUGAUGUAGUGCAAGAAAUUUAUGAUUCUGAUAUGAAUAUUGAGCACCCUAAUAGCAUUUGGGAUGAUAUUUCAAUUCGUUACUUAAUUUACUGUUGGAGUCAAUUGAGAGAUCAGUUUGCAAACUGCCCAGAUAAAAAUAAAAAAGCCCUUUGGGAACAUGUGUCAGAACGUUUGGUUGAUCAUGGUUUUUAUUUUGAUGCCCAAGCAUGUGACACUAAAUGGCGUAGUCUUAAGAAAGUAUACAUGUACAAUAAAACACGUAAUUCUAAAAAAGAUGGUAAUAAACACCCAAUUACUUGGAACCAUUAUUCUGAAAUGGAUAAGGCUAUUAAAGGCAUUCCAUAUGCCAUUUCAGAUUCUGAAAAUGAUAAUGAUGAUGAUGUUGAUAAUGAUAAUAACGAUGAAAAUGAAGAUGAUGUUGACUUGACAAGAGAAAAUACAGAUAAUAUCGGGGAAUAUGAAAAUGAGGAUUCAUCUAGAGGAUAUGUUGAAAAAUCUCAGUGGACAGUCGAAUCAUCUAGGCAAUUGAUUCGACUAUAUAGUAAAGACAGAAAGAAAUUUUCAGCCGCCAAUCAAGGUGAAAAACAUUUGUUAUGGGAAGAUAUUGCACUACAGUUUUCGCAGUUAGGAUAUCAAUUUUCAGCGAAUCAUUGUAACGAUAAAUGGCGUAAUUUAAAAAUGACCUAUAAAAAGAAUAAGCAAAGGGCUAUUAAAUAUGGAAUAGAAUAUGUUAAAUGGACUUAUUUUAAAGAAAUGGACGACAUUUUUAAAAACACUCCAGAAGAAUCACCAGAACUUAAUGAUAUAAUUACAGUAUCUUUAAUUGAUGAUGAUGAACUCAAUGACAUUAAAAAAGAAAAUGAAGGUUAUAUUAAUAUUAAUAUUGUUGAUGGAACCCAUGAAAAUAAUGAGGAAGAACCUACGGAGCUCCCUUCUAAUGAUUAUACAGAUGUAUGGACCGAACCAGCAACUAAAUGUUUGAUUGAGUUGUGGGGUCUUUACCGUCCACGGUUUCUGACGGCAUUACAAGGCCAAAAACGCUUACUUUGGGAUGAAAUAAGUAAUCAGUUACGUCAAAGUGGUCACAAUUAUUCUGGUCUAGUAUGUGAUCGUAAAUGGCGUCUUUUAAAAGCAAAUUACAUGAAAAGAAGAGAAAAAUACAAAAAAUUAGGAGUGAACAGCGUGAAGUGGCAAUACUACCACGAUUUAGACAGGUUACUUGGUGUACCUGCUGAAAGCAUUUCCUGGAGUAUGGACUCAACUAUGUGCUUGAUAGAUUGCUUCGAUAAGCAUAAAGAAAAGUUUAUGAAUGCAGCAACUGGUGAAAAACUCUUGAUAUGGAGAAAAAUAUCAGAAGAAAUGUCUCGGAAUGGUUUUAAUUAUACUCCCAGAGCUUGUGACAAUAAGUGGCGUACACUGAAAAACCGAUAUAACAAAAACAGAAUGCGAACAAACAGGAAUAAAAAAGUAAUUUGGGUGUACUACAAUAAAAUCGAUUCUGUACUUAGAGAAACUAACAAACAGGUUCUAAAAGAAGAAUCAGAUAAUAGUGACAUCAAUAAUCAUUCAAAUGAGGUUAAUGAACACAAUUACAUCAGGACUUCUAAACCAUGCUGUUCUAAUAAAACAAAUUGCAUUAGUGAACUGCAGACAACAUUUAAGCUAAGAAAUAAAGAAUUUGACCAAAGGUUGAAGGAAAUGGAGGAAAAUUUAAACAGACGAGAAAAAAUAUUUGAAGGACUUCAACAGCAAAUGUUAGAUCAUCUGAAAAGGUCAAAUGAAUUAGAAACACAAAAGUUGAGAUUGUUAGAACAGUUAGUUUCAAGAUUACCACCUCAUAGCCCAUAAUUUACUAACACAUAAAUCAAUAAUGUAAUUAGGAUAUUUUUCCUGUAUAUAAUUGUUAAUUUGUAAUUACAAAUUUAUUUUAAUUCAA